CCACACCAGACCUCGAGGAGAGAAGUCGUGUUUUUCUUUUGCCCGAAGCUCAGUCGAGAUCCGAACUAUAACCCCGCGUGCCUUAUUCAUCAUCAUCAUCAUCAUCAUCGGCGUCAACGAUCACACGUAUAAAAUUGAUAUCGACGAAGAAGAAGUAAAAUCACACGGGGAUAUCCCAAGUUUUAUGCAGUACCGUUCCGGUUUCGUCGACCGAUUGUUCAUCCGCAGAGAAAACGAAAUUUUUCGGUUUAACGUUUUUGACUCUGUUUCGUUUUGUUGUUGUUGUUGUUUUUAUUUUUAUUUAUUUUCUUUUUUACUUCGCUGCGGAACAGUUUUCCGAGACACUACGAGGGUUGACAUUUGUACACUGAGAUUCGAAAGGACAAUUAUUUCGCCGUUACGUCAACUCCCGUGUUACAACAACGACGAUAACACUGUGAAAAGUUUCGAUUCUUAUUUUCAAUCGGCCAUUGCUGUUUUCGACGAUAACGAGAAGCGCAGCAGAAGAAGGAGCAUCGAUUAACCGCAGAACGAGGAAAGUCCGAUUGUUACUACUCUUUCCUUUUGGCGCUUGAUCUUUAACUGUUUCUCUCGCUAUCUCUUUUUCUGACAUCGCAAGUUCGUUGCACCGUUGUCUGUCGGACCGUCGCUGAUUCUUCAAGAUUUUACGAAAAUUCGAUGGGAAAACGUGUUGAAAGUAAAGCCGAAGAAUCCGUACCGCCGUCGACGUCGAGAAACAAAUCGAACAGCGUCUUGACAGCUUGAUCGAACUCGCGACUCCCGAUCUGAGGAAGAAAAAGUGAUCGACGAUUCGAAGCCAGCCCGAAGUCAAGUGAAAAUAAACCACCAACAGUCGUUUCCGGAAGUUGAAAAAUCCGUCAAGCGAGAGAUAAUCUCGAGUAACGAAAUACGUCGAGGAAACAGCACCUAUGGACAGAGGACCGUUCGAAGACCCACCUUACGCGGGAUCUAAACGUCGGUAUUCGGAACAGUGAUUUUUCCGAAGCGAAGUGAUAUCAAAAGAUUACAUAGAUAACCCGCGUCGUUUGACAAGUGAAAUUCAAAGAACGCUAUUUCAGAACAUAAGAAAGAGUUAUUUAAAAGAAACACAAGAGAUAAUAAUACAAAUCACAGGGUUUUGACGGACAAUAUAAACAACAUCGAAAUCCGUAUACCGUAUAGAUCGCAGUUUUCAUUGACAUUGUAUUCCAAGUGAGCAAGAAUAAAAUACGGCCAUGGCGGUACCGUUUGCGUUGCCGAGUGAAGAUGAGGCUGAAGCUCAAGAGCGACGCCUUCAAGGUCUCCUGCUGGAUGUUUACGGCAUCCUGCAACAGGUUAUACGGGCGAGGAGCUACCAGAAUCCAGGACAGAACCACCGAGUUAACCGGCGAUCCGGCGAAGUUCCAGGACCGCGAGAACCCCCUGUAGUCCUGGUGGACUCGGACCUUUCCCGUCUGCCAUUGCCGGACCUAGUUUCAUCGGCCAUCGAACAACUGCCACUCCCAAUGCCCCAGGUCACAGCCUCGGCUCCGAGCAGCCCGACGAGGGACGUUGCCUUUCAAUUCCCAGAGCUGAAUCCCUCGGCUCCUGUACCCAGCCCAAGACCUCGUCCACGGAGACGACGUCUAGUGUCCGAAAACUCUGCUCUGAAGAAGGAACAACCGAGCACCAGUUACUACCAAGCACCAAGCGAUGAGAACGAGUGGGCAAACGUUGGUGCCAACCUCAGGAACAUCGCCGAUGACUUUCACGCAUCUAAGAACACUGAUUCCGGUGCCGAGAAAUCGAGUCUACCGGUUAUCGGGAACGAUGAAUCGUCGCCGGAUAGUUUUUUGUCACUUUUGAUCCCGGCACCGCUUCGGGAGACGCUCUGGACGACAGUCGCGUUGUAUUUGGGAUGGCGAUUGGUCUCCCAUUUGCGAUAGAACCCACGAGCAGCGGUUGCGGAGAAGACUGCGUCUCCUUACGCCGAAAUGUUUGCUGAAUUUAAAAUUUUUUUCUUCAUCAACCGCCAGAGGACGCUCUUGGAGAAUGAGAAGACGGAAGAGGAGGAUGAGGAGGAGGAGGAAUAGAAGAAUAAGAAAAGGAAGAAGAGCCGGACGUGUUGAGAGGCUGCACGCAGCUUGGUCACAAAUCUCGGAUCCAGGUCAGUCCUAGCUCAUGACCAUGAUUCCUCUUCGCCGCUGAUAAUUAGCGCUGGCGAGUUUUUAUACGGAGGAAAUAAAGCCGGCUAUAAUUAAGGCGAUUUGAAAAUCGUGCGCUAUCGCGAAAUUCGAAUUGCGAGAUGUGCCGCUGGACGCGGGCCGAAGGACGGUGAAUGAAAUGACAAAAAAAAAAAAAUAAAUAAAUAAUUAAAUCAACGAGUAAAUAAAUUGAUGAAUUAAAUAAUUGAAGCUUAUUAAAUAAUUGAAUAUAAGCGAAUAAAUGAAUUGCAUUACGAUAUUAUUGGAUAACAAACGAACUAGGGAUUAUAGCAACCAUCGGAUAUAUAAUGUUAUUAUUGAUAUGAGAUAAUACGGAUAUAAUUGUAUAACCAUCCCGAUUUAUAUACAUGAGUAUAUUUUAGGCUUAGCGAACGCGAAUAUUACGCGAUUAUUAUUAUACGUUUCUUAUAUACAUUUUAAAGGUGCGUUAUUAAGUACCUAUAAUUUAAUUUAUAUUUAACGGUGAGCAAAAAAAAAUCUCUCUCUGGAAAUAAUUCGCAUUCGGUUUUACAUGAUAAUAUAAUAUACGUCACGUUGUUUCCACUCGAUCAUAUUUCGCAAUCUUUUUUUCGUUUAUUUUUUCUUCUUUCAUCACCUCACCGAACAAAUAACGACUGAAGCCAAAAGUCGUCUGAUUUUUAUACACGUUUUAAAAAGUUUUCUUUUGCUAAGAAUACUUUUUUAUCGCGUGUGCGAUCGAAUUGAUGGAUUUUUGCUUCUUUCGCGACUUUUGGACUCGGUUUUUCGCGGUGCUUACAAGGUGGUGAGAAAUAAUGCGACGAAUUGGUAAAAACAAUUAAUCAACGAAUCUAUGCACGCGAUUGUGUGUCUUCUUUACGCUUGUCCGUCAUCUUUUCUUGUUCUCUCUUACUCGCGCUUUACGUACAGAAAAAGUGAACGGAAGGGAGAGAAAGAGAGAAAGAGACAAGAGUAGAACGUAUUGCGUACCAAACGGUGAAAAUGAACAGCAUUUAAACAUAAAAACACACAAAUGCUUGCCCGUGUAUAAUAAUUUCAAAUCUCCUCAUUAAAUUUUUCACCGCGAGUGGUUACAACAAGUAUAUUUACUUGUCUCCGAUCGAAUAAAACAAUGGCAAGAUCCAAAGAGGACUUUACCGAAUAAUCAAACGAUGAUCUCAUUACGAAUAAAUAAAAUUUAAUGAUUAAUUAAUUGACGAAUUAAUUAAUUAAUUACAUAGACGUACGUACACAUGUGCAUAAAUUUUCUUUAAAUAGUUAAAAUUUAUGUAGACUUGUAACGAUCAUAUGCCCUCUGUUUCAUAAUUUUUCGAACCGCUUCCUAGUUAGUUUUAAAAUUUUCGUAUGCACGUAUAACAAACAACGUGCAUUUUAUCCAAAACAGUUCAAGCGAUGCGCGAAAAUUCGCGCGACAUAAAUUAGCGAAUUCGAAACGAACGAAGAGAGAAAAAAAAAAAUUACAAACAUUCAUUACAAUUCAAUCAAUGUGCUUAAUUUCCAUCUUGUGACAAUAUUUGACAGAAGGGCGAUCGAAAACACACCAAUCGGCGUUCGGUGUUUAAUAGUAAUAAUAAUGAUAGAAAUAAUAACAUUCAUAAUAAUAAUGACAUUAAAUAAUAAUCUUUAUAACGGUAAUCUUAAUUGUAAUCAUAUACGUAUGUACGGAUAGACGUUCUUGUAUGCUAUAUCGACAUAAUGAUACGGUAUAACGUAGUAAUAAUAAUGAUAAUAAUGAUACACGAUGUGCAUGAUAAAAAAUGCGCGUAUUACCCGUGAUUAUCAAGAGCAGCGAGCGUAGAAGCGUCGUAGUCGCUACCCCUUUACAUCGUACGAAUAUACAUGUGCAGGUAUGCGUAUAUAAACAAACAUAUGACACAUACGUGUACAUAUAUACGCUGUGUACGAUUAUAAAUAUAUUCCACGGGGAAUCUUAUUUGUAUAUAAAAAAAAAUAAAAAUUACCGAAUAAUUGUGGGAAAUUUAAGUAUAUAAAAUCAUUGUGUAGGUAAAAUCGUGUAAUUCGAAAUUUAAUGAUAUAAUGUUGAUACGGGUGAAGGAAAAAGGAAAGGAAAGGAAAAAAUCAAGAUUGCGCGCGCUUUCUGUGUGUGCGUGUGUGUGUGAGUGUGUGUGUGUGCAUAAAAGUACAUCUAUGCAUAUUUAGAGCAAGGAGGAAUGAGGAAAGAUGAAUGAGAGAAAAAAUAAAAAUAAAAAAAAAAACAAAAAAAAAAACGUAAAAAAACAACAAAAAAAAAACACA